CUACGAGGCGGCGGCGCGCGGCCUCAGGCGCUUUCCUUCCAGGCCCGGGAUGGCGGCGGCGGCCGGGGGAGGCGCCGGGGGGCCGGAGAAGCCUCUGGCGCCGGCCUUGCUCAGCUUCUUCAUCUACAACCCGCGACUAGGAUCCAGGGAAGGAGAGGAAGAAAAGAAGAUUCUUCUUUAUUAUCCAAAUGAAGUAGAAAAAAAUGAGAAAAUCAGAAGUGUUGGAUUAUGUGAAGCUAUCGUCCAGUUCACGAGGACCUUUAGUCCUUUGAAACCUGCGAAGUCCUUGCAUACCCAGAAGAACAGACAGUUCUUCCAUGAGCCUGAAGAAAAUUUCUGGAUGGUUAUGGUUGUACGAAAUCCUGUCAUAGGAAAACAGAAAGAUGGCAAACCAACCGUUGAGUAUCAAGAAGAAGAAUUACUGGACAAGGUGUAUAGUUCAGUGUUACAGCAGUGUUACAACAUGUACAAGCUUUUUAAUGGCACAUUCCGAAAAGCCAUGGAAGAUGGAGGUGUUAAAACUCUAAAAGAGAGACUAGAGAAAUUCUUCCAUCGGUACUUGCAGACGCUUCAUCUACAGUCGUGCGACUUGCUGGAUGUUUUCUGUGGAAUCAGCUUCUUCCCAUUGGAUAAAAUGACUUACUUGAGAAUUCAGUCGUUCAUCAAUAAGAUGGAAGAAAGCCUGUGCAUUGUCAAAUAUACAGCUUUUCUCUACAACGAUCAGCUCAUCUGGAGUGGAUUGGAGCAAGACGACAUGAGGAUUUUAUACAAGUAUCUCACCACAUCUCUGUUUCCAAGGCACAUAGAACCAGAGUUGGCAGGAAGAGAUUCACCAACACAUGCAGAAAUGCCUGGAAAUCUUCAGCAUUAUGGAAGGUUUCUCACUGGACCUCUUAAUAUUAAUGACCCAGAAGCAAAAUGCAGGUUUCCUAGAAUAUUUGUAAACACAGAGGAUACUUAUGAAGAGCUUCAUUUGAUUGUUUAUAAGGCUAUGAGUGCAGCUGUCUGUUUCAUGAUUGAUGCCUCCAUACAGCCUACGUUGGAGUUCUGCCGUAAACUGGACAGCAUCGUUGGGCCCCAGCUGACAGUAUUAGCGUCAGAUAUAUGUGAACAAUAUAACAUCAACAAAAGACUGGCAGGGUCAGAGAAGGAGCCCCAGUUUAAGUUUAUCUAUUUCAAUCACAUGAACCUGGCCGAGAAAAGUACAAUCCACAUGAGGAGAACAUCCAACAUCUCACUUGCAUCCGUUCACCCAGACUUGAUGAAGAUUCUUGGAGACAUCAACAGUGAUUUCACAAGAGUUGAUGAUGAUGAGGAAAUCAUCGUUAAGGCCAUGAGUGAUUACUGGAUAGUGGGCAAGAAAUCUGAUCAGCGGGAACUAUACGUGAUUUUGAAUCAGAAAAAUGCAAACCUGAUUGAAGUGAAUGAAGAAGUAAAGAAACUCUGUGCAACACAGUUCAACAACAUCUUCUUCUUAGAUUGAUCUGCUGAGGACCAACACUUCCAAAAGGUGGCUUGAAAAUGUCCCAAAAAGCAUUUUUUGUUUACGCUGACAGGUUUAUUAGUCAUAUGAUUGACUGGAACAAUGACAAUAGUAAAGCAAUACUUGCUUUGUAAGAAUCUAAUUUCUACCAAAAAACUGUAGAAGUCUCUGAUUGUACAAUUUUUAGAUUUUAAAAGUAUUUAUGUGCAAAUGUAUUAAAACCAUAUGAAUUAAACGCAUCAUUCAGUUUCUCUGAUAUUUAUGUGAAUAUUUUACUGAACAAUAAAAUUGGUCAUUAUUACA